GGGUCACGUGACCCCUUUCCCGCGGAAUUCAGCCCUCUGAAUCCCAAACAGAAGGAGGAGAAGCGAAAUGGCGGAGUCCUCAGAGUCCAAUGUGGCCACCAGCCCCCACCCCAGCUCUCGGCGAGGAGAUGCCUUGACCUCCAGCCCUGGGAGAGAUCUGCCCCCCUUUGAGGAUGAAUCUGAAGGACUCUUGGGGACCGAGGGGCUCCCUGAUGAAGAGGAGGAAGAUGGAGAGGAGCUGAUUGGAGAAGGGAUGGAAAGGGACUACCGCCCUAUUCCAGAGCUGGAUGUCUAUGAACCUGAAGGUCUGGCCAUGGAGGAUGAAGACCUGGAGGAGCUAACAGCUAGCCAAAGGGAGGCAGCAGAGAGGGCAAUGAGGCAGAGGGACCGUGAGCUGGGGCGUGGCCUGGACCGGAUGAGGAGUGGUCUGCUCUAUGAGAGUGAUGAUGAAGAUGAGGAUCGUCCCUUGCGGAAGAGGCGCCUGGCUGAACGUGCUGCAGAUGGCAUGGAGGAUGAGGAUGAAGACAUGAUUGAGAGCAUUGAGAAUCUGGAAGAUAUGAAGGGACACUCAGUGAGGGAGUGGGUGUCUAUGGCAGCUCCUCGGCUUGAGAUCUACCACCGCUUCAAGAAUUUCCUGAAGACUCAUGUGGAUGAGCAUGGUCACAAUGUCUUCAAAGAGAGGAUCAGUGACAUGUGCAAAGAAAACAGAGAGAGCCUGGUGGUGAAUUAUGAAGACCUGGCUGCACGGGAACAUGUCCUUGCCUAUUUCCUUCCAGAAGCCCCAGCUGAAAUGUUGAAAAUCUUUGAUGAAGCAGCCAAGGAAGUGGUGCUGGCUAUGUACCCCAAAUAUGACCGGAUUGCUCAAGAAAUCCAUGUACGCAUCUCACAUCUGCCUCUGGUGGAGGAAUUACGAUCCCUCAGGCAGCUUCAUUUGAACCAGCUGAUCCGGACAAGUGGGGUUGUCACAAGCUGCACAGGGGUCCUUCCACAACUCAGCAUGGUCAAAUACAAUUGUACCAAGUGUAGUUUCAUCUUGGGGCCUUUUGCACAAUCCCAAAAUCAGGAAGUAAAGCCAGGAUCCUGCCCUGAGUGUCAGUCUGCUGGCCCCUUUGAAAUCAACAUGGAAGAGACAGUGUACCAGAAUUACCAGCGUAUCAAAAUCCAAGAAAGCCCUGGGAAGGUGGCAGCUGGACGGCUCCCUCGCUCAAAAGAUGCCAUUUUACUUGCUGACCUGGUUGACAGCUGCAAGCCAGGGGAUGAGAUUGAGCUAACUGGGAUAUACCAUAAUAAUUAUGAUGGUUCUUUAAACACAGCCAAUGGUUUUCCAGUGUUUGCUACAGUAAUCCUGGCCAACCACAUUGCCAAAAAAGAUAACAAGGUUGCUGUUGGGGAACUCACAGAUGAAGACAUGAAGGUGAUUGUAGGCCUAUCCAAGGAUGAGCAGAUUGGAGAGAAAAUCUUUGCCAGCAUUGCUCCAUCAAUCUACGGACAUGAAGACAUCAAACGAGGCUUGGCCCUAGCCUUGUUUGGGGGAGAACCCAAAAAUCCAGGAGGAAAACACAAGGUCCGUGGUGACAUCAACGUCUUGCUUUGUGGAGAUCCUGGAACAGCCAAGUCUCAGUUCCUCAAGUAUGUGGAGAAAGUAUCCAGCAGAGCCAUCUUCACCACUGGUCAGGGGGCUUCUGCUGUUGGCCUGACUGCCUAUGUGCAGAGGCAUCCCGUCAGCAAGGAAUGGACCCUAGAGGCAGGAGCCCUGGUGCUGGCAGACAGGGGAGUCUGCUUGAUAGAUGAAUUUGACAAGAUGACCGAUCAGGACAGGACCAGCAUCCAUGAAGCUAUGGAGCAGCAGAGCAUCUCCAUCUCAAAGGCCGGCAUUGUCACAUCUCUGCAAGCUCGCUGCACUGUUAUUGCUGCUGCCAACCCCAUAGGUGGCCGCUAUGACCCAUCUUUGACUUUCUCAGAAAAUGUUGAUCUCACUGAGCCCAUCAUAUCUCGAUUCGAUAUCCUCUGUGUGGUCAGGGACACUGUGGAUCCUGUUCAGGAUGAGAUGCUGGCUCGGUUUGUGGUUAGCAGCCACAUCAAGCAUCAUCCCAACAACAAGGAUGUUGUGAAUGGGGACUCUCAAGAGAUUAUUCUCCCAAAUACCUAUGGUGUAGAACCCAUUCCACAGGAGAUCCUGAAGAAGUACAUUAUCUAUGCAAAGGAAAAAGUCCACCCCAAACUCAACCAGAUGGAUCAGGACAAAGUGGCCAGAAUGUAUAGUGAACUAAGGAAAGAAUCCAUGGCAACUGGAAGUAUCCCCAUCACAGUGCGUCACAUUGAGUCCAUGAUCCGAAUGGCUGAGGCCCAUGCACGCAUUCACCUGCGGGAUUAUGUGGUGGAAGAUGACGUCAACAUGGCCAUCAGGGUUAUGCUUGAGAGUUUCAUUGACACACAGAAAUUUAGUGUCAUGAGGAGCAUGCGGAAGACUUUUGCCCGAUACCUUGCCUUCAAGCGAGAUAACAACGAACUCUUGCUGUUCAUUUUGAAGCAGUUGGUAUCAGAACAAGUGAUGUAUCAGAGGAAUCGCUAUGGGGCUCAGCAGGAUACCAUAGAAGUACCAGAGAAAGACUUGGUUGAUAAGGCUCGCCAGAUCAACAUCCACAACCUUUCUGCCUUCUACGACAGUGAAUUGUUCAAGAUGAACAGAUUCAGCCGUGAUGUGAAGCGGAAAGUGAUUGUGCAAGCAUUCUGAGGGCAAUGAAUUCCUGAGUGACUGCAGAGAAUAAGAAUUUGGGACUCUGUUUUAUCUUGCAUUACAGCAGUACCCAAACAAUUCCACCCUCCCUUCAGGUAGCAUAGAAAAAGAUCUGAAAACUCUUCUGAAGGACUUGUGAAUAGAACAAAAUGAAGCUGAGUAGUUACCCUGAACUACUUACCUUAUUCUUGUGUUUAAUUGUAGUUUAGCUUGCUGGAUGAAACUUCUCAAAGAGAUGGUUUUUCACUGGCCCCAGUUUGGAAAUGUCACUUUAUUUGGGUAGAGCAAUCAGGGCAGGGAAUGCUGUCAGCAUUGCUUGUUGGAACAAUUCACAUUGUUUGGAGAUUGUGCCCUAUAACUGAGGGUCACCAUGGGUCAUUUAAAGGGAGAUAAAAUAUAUAUGGGUUGUGUUUCCUCCUCUCUUCUUGUUUAGAAUGUCCAAAGCUGAGCCGGUGCAUUUUUCAUUGUGAGGGAAAUGUAUUUGCCGUCUCUGAAUGUGGAAGUAAUGCAUGCAUCUUCUACAGGAUAAUGAUGUGUGGAGUCCACUUCAGAUAUCCAAAGCAGUUUCUACACUUUUGUCAGAAGAUCUGGAGUUUCUCAUUUCACAGGUCCAGAUACCACAUAGAAGUUCAUAUGUUUCAGAAAUUGCCCCUAUGGAGACCCCCUCCUUCCCCUGACCAUAAUAUGUAUGAUAAUAUUUUUUUAAAAAAAUAUUAGGCUGUUAUGUGUCUGCCCAGUAGGAGAUAGAUUUGGAGAAGUUUUAAUGUGGAAGAAAUAAAAGUUUAGAAAUAGCGUUUUGCAAAGAAAGCAAAAAUGU